ACCAACCACAAUCGUUACAAAUACACUUGAUACAUUUUCGUUGCCGUGUAUGUACCGCUGGAGCCUGAGAAAGCUGUUGCGCGAAUCUAGGCACAGCAGGCUUGGAUGAGGGGCUCUUCGUCAGGCAGACAUGCCCGUCAGCAAGUCCAUACCGGAGAUCACUUUGUCCAAUCCAAAGCUUUAUCUGAAUCAAACCACCUCACCAUAACAACCUCACCCAACCCAAUACAAACCCAAACAACCAAAGCAGCAAUGUCCGGAAUGCACUCCACCUUCUCCAGCUCCAUCACCGGCGACAGCCGCCACAGCUACGCUCUUCUCUCCGCGAUACAACAGGGCUCAAAAGCUUCGAGCUCCUCCUCCUCCGCCUCCCCCUACCAAAAGGAUACCGAUAUCGCCUCAAUCUCGAGCUUCGGCAGCUCCGCUUCCCUUCUCAAGAGCAAACUGAACAAGCACUCCGGCGCAACAAAAUCAUCAUCACCCUCCUCGUCAUCAUCAUCUAAAAAGUCUUCGUCUCUGAUUUCCCGCCAACGGGCCGCCGAGGACGCGAAUACUCAAAUCAUGAACUCGCAGGCCGCAUUCUGGCCCUCGUCUAUUCGCCACGACCUGUAAGGAGCCAUUCUGGCAACAGCACCAUCUCAUUAGGAAGGUUCGAUUACGAUGAAACCAAAUCAGAAAGCGGCGGCGGCAAAGAAACUGUCAUGUUUCGAGGGGGUGGCGCCGCCAUGUUUAUAUGAUGGAAAUUACAGGAGUUAUGGGAGUUGGGUUCUUACACAUUAGACGGCCGUGCUGAAAUAGCGGCCAUUCGGAUGGAGUCUUCCUGGAUAAAAUUGUUCCUUACGAUGUUUGAGGUCUUCGACAUCAGAAAUUGCUGAAACAUUCGGUUUCCUAUUUAUGU